UGACCCCCCCCCCCCCCCAAGCCUGUGGGCGUGGCUAUUCUCGAAAACGGGUGGGAAAACAACACAUUUUUGCAUGAUUACCACACGGCAUCCAGACGUUUUUCCUUCAUGAUGGCCGCCGUCUUGAGGGGAAGCCUUGUAUCAUUGGCCAAGGGCCUGACUGGUGCUGCCAUAAAGCCGUUGUGUGCGCGCUCGCUGAGCCUCUCGGCCAAUCAGAAUGCUUCAGAGACUCCACCGGCGCGGGCCGACAGCACCUUCAAGGUCACGAUGGUGCCGGGAGACGGAGUCGGACCUGAACUCAUGAUGGCUGUGAAAGAAGUGUUCAAGGCUGCCGACAUACCUGUGGAGUUUGAGGAAUUCCACCUGAGUGAGGUGCAGAACAUGGCGAGCGAGGAGAAGCUGGACCAAGUGCUGACCUCCAUGAAGACCAACAGAGUGGCCAUCAAAGGGAAGAUCCACACACCGAUGGAGUACAAAGGAGAGCUGGCUUCCUAUGAGAUGAGACUAAGGAGGAAGCUGGACCUGUUUGCUAAUGUGGUUCAUGUGAACAGCCUGCCGGGUUACAGCACACGCCACAACAACCUGGACCUGGUGAUCAUCCGCGAGCAGACUGAGGGCGAAUACAGCUCACUGGAGCAUGAGAGUGUGACCGGAGUGGUGGAGUGUUUGAAGAUCAUCACAAGAGUGAAGUCACGCCGCAUUGCCAAGUUUGCCUUUGACUACGCCACCAAGAAGGGCCGGAACAAAGUCACAGCCGUGCACAAGGCCAACAUCAUGAAGUUGGCUGACGGGCUCUUCCUGCAGAGCUGUGCUGAGGUGGCUGAGUUGUAUCCCAAGAUCAAAUACGAGACCAUUAUCAUUGACAACUGCUGCAUGCAGCUGGUCCAGAACCCAUACCAGUUUGAUGUCCUGGUGAUGCCUAACCUUUACGGCAACAUCAUCGAUAACUUGGCCGCAGGUUUGGUGGGCGGGGCAGGUGUGGUGCCAGGAGAGAGCUACAGUGCUGAAUAUGCUGUGUUUGAGACGGGGGCGAGGCACCCUUUUGCUCAGGCUGUUGGGAGGAACAUUGCUAAUCCUACUGCUAUGCUUCUCAGUGCUGCUAACAUGCUGAGGCAUCUCAAUCUGGAAUAUCACUCUAACAUGGUGUCUGAAGCUGUUAAAAGGGUUAUAAAACAGGGCAAGGUGCGGACGCGAGACCUUGGCGGUUACAGCACUACGGGUGAUUUUGUCCGUGCCAUCGUGGGCAACCUUCGUCACCGGCCUGUGCACUAAGGACCCUAGUAGGCCACGCCCCCUAGCCCCUCCCCCCCGGUUUCCACCCCUUCUGCCCUUACCAUUUCCAUCGCUUGCUCUGCUGCUGUCAGUGAUUGAGAGCGGACUCUAUCCGUAUCACUGACAGUUUUUCCUCUGUUUUUUUUUUUUUUUCUUCUACUGUAAUGUUUAAUUUUGUUGUUGUGGUGUUUUUUAUUUUGUUUUUCCUUUUUUUUUUACUUCAUUGCCUCUGUUUUCUUUUUUUUGUCCAUUCUUUUACUUUUAACACCUCUGCCGUAACACCCUGAUAUCCCCCGCCAAAUCCAAAGCAUCAGGGAUGGGUCUCUAGUCCUGUUUAUUCACGCUAGAAGUUCUCAUGUCCGCCAUUUCAUUAGACACGGGAUGUUCUAACCCGACUGCUCGGUGUUUGGGUCACAGGGGCAGCAUUUCUUUCAUCAUCUUAUACGUCAACCCUAUACGUAUCAUGUCAUCACUGUACUACUCAUUUCAUCAAUAUCUGCUAGUGUUCAGCAUUCCCUAAAACUCCGUGAGCUUGUUUUCUUUGCGCUUGAACAAAUUGUAGGUCACCUAAGUAGGUUAACGGGUCAGUGGAGCUCGUUCGGCUUUUUAAAACUGAUUUCUCGGCUGCAGCAGCCAAAAAACAAACAAAAACAAAACUCAGUAUGUACCCCAGUAUGUCACGAAACAGAAACGGAUUUUUACGCAGACGGAUUUUCAACAGUAUUGGAAAGGGUUAAGGAAAUAUUCUCAACACUGCAUCAUUUCAUGCGUUGUGGCUUUAUUGUUUAAAACGAUGUGGGAGGAGAGAGGGUGUUUCUUUUCACCUCUAAAAUCCCUAUUUAUGAUCGAACUGCUUGUUUUUCAAAUAAAUACUUCUGUAAACAACAACAGAAAGAAAGAAAAGUGUUGGCACCCAGGCUGAAAUAAAGACUUUUCUAGAAAAUGA